AUGGGGAGACCAAGGCGGCAGAAACCGCCGAAUACGACCCUGAAGCGAGCCGUGCUCGGCCUGCUGCCCGCCUGCUGUGCCCGCUUCCUCUGGAGCCAGCCCGACCAGUUCUGCCUCAGCAAGUUCUUCCUGGGCGCAGGCGUUGGAGGCUUCCUGGCCCUGGGCCUCUCCCAGCUCCUCAUCUUCCCCAUGAGCCUCGACGAGGGUCACAAGAUUGAGCUGAUGUACGGGCUGGCAGGUGUCAGUGCCCUGGGCUGGGGCAUCUCCCCGCACUUCCGCUGCGCCAGCCUCCUGGUCGCCCCCAAGUUCCUGGGCAAGGAGGGGCGGCUCUACCUGCUCACCUAUGUCCUGGCUGCCGUCUAUGACGGCCCCAUCGCCAACAUGCGGCACAACCUGGACGAGGUGAUCCGCUCCAUGGGCUGCACCGUGGAGCUGCAGAUCAACCACAGCCGGCAGAUCUGGAGGGUGUCCACGGCCCCCCUGCGCGCCGUGCUGCGCGACAUGGUGAAGGGCGGGCAGACCCUCAAUGCGGAGACCCGGAACGUCUCGCAGGCGUUCGCGGGGCUGAACGAGCAGGUGGCCAGCGAGGCGGGGUACGGCGUGAGGCGCCCGCGCCAGGCACAGGGGCACCGCGCCCCCAGCACACAGCAGCUGUACGAGCAGAAAACCAAACUGCGCUGCAAAUACGUGAUUGAUGAGGCGAUCGGGCGUUGCCAGGCCUGGUUCGACGCCAAGCACAAGGCCUGUCUGCGGCGCGUUGCGGUGCCCCUCAUCAGCCACCUGCUCUGCCUGCCCAUGAAGUUCAAGUUCCUCUGCCACAUGGUGCAGGUGAUGCACGCCUGGUGCAGGGACAAGAUCCCCGUGGAGGGCAACUUCGGCCAAACCUACGACAAGGUGAACGGCUCCGUGGCCGGUAUCAGCCAGGACUUCAGCGCCCAGCUGGUCGUCAAGCACGAGGCCCAGGACACGCUGGUGGGCGUGAACGUGUCCCGGGAGCGGCUCACCGAGGAGGUGACCUCGCACGUGCGUCAGCAGAGCGUGCGGCUGGGCCAGGCCAUCUCCGUGCUGCGCCUGCUGCUCUCCUGCACCUUCCUCUUCGUCUUCAUCUCCGCUUUCUCCUACACGAACCACUACAACCACGACAUCCGCUUCGACAACCUCUACGUCACCACCUACUUCCGCCAGCUCGACGCCCGGCGCUGGAAGCAGAAGAAGCGUACGUUGCUGCCCCUGCGCCGGGCCGAGGUCUCCGGCGUGAUCUUCCCCUGCAGGCCAGCCGUGCAGCCGCCCGAGCUGAAGAGCCUGACGCUGGAGCUGCUGGAGUGCAUCCCCCCGCUGCUCUUCCUGCUGCUGGCCUGGGGCCUCGACCAUGUGCUCUACACCAUGUUCAGCGUUAUCCGGCACCACUCCUUUGUGCAGUACUCCUUCCGCAGCAGCCACCACCUGGAGGUGCGGGUCGGGGGCCGCUCCCUGCUGGCCCGGCUGCUCCGAAGCACCAUCGGCGCCUUGAACACGUCCUCCGAGAUGGCGCUGGAAUCGACUAACCUGGCCUGCCUGCCGCAGCCCCAAGCCAUGACGCAGAGCGACUACCUGGCCAGCUGUCUGCCUCUGGGGGCCCUGGUGCUGCUGUGUCUGGGGCAGGUGUAUGCCCACCGCCUGCGCCGCGUCAUUGCUGCCUUCUAUUUCCCCAAGCGGGAGAAGAAGCGGGUUCUCUUCCUGUACAACGAGCUGCUACGCAAGCGCCAGGCCUUCGUCCGGCUGCAGAGGAGACGCAUCGCCCGGCAUGCCCGGCGGCACCAGGCCUUCGAGAAGCCCCUGCUGGAGCGUUUCUACCUCUGGUGCCCACUUCUGCGCCGCUGCCUGCGCCGGUACUGCGUGCUGUGCGGCUCGCCCGAGAGCCGCACCUCCCAGCCGUGCCCGACGCCCACCUGCGGCACCAUCUACUGCCGGCCCUGCUGGAGGGACAUGGGGCAGGUCUGCUUCGCCUGCAGCCCCGGCCACGCGCCCCUGUCUGGAGACAGCAGCAGCGAGGAGCAGAUGCCCUACGCGGACUGA